AUUAUUGUCAUUCAAAAAUAUUCAGUGCAUGUAUGUGUAUAAAAGAGGCAUCGACUAACAUGUUCUAGACACAAAAUAACUCUUAUAGUGAGCAAAUGGCAUUCCAAAAUGGAGAAGUGUCCACAGCUGACCUUCUUCAAGCUCAAGCUCAUGUUUGGAACCACAUGCUCGCCUUCGUAAGCUCGAUGUCCCUAAAAUGUGCGAUUCAAUUAGGCAUACCCGACGCGAUCCACAAGCACGGCGAACCUAUAACGCUCUCUCGAUUGGUUGAAUCUGUUAAUGCUGAUGUCAGCAAAUCCCAAUGUAUCCACCGCUUGAUGCGGGUGUUAGUCCAAUCCGAGUUCUUCACCGAAGUGGCCAAUCAAGAGGAGGUGCGGUACUGGCUGACGCCAUCCUCGCGCCUUCUCUUGAAAGAGGCACCUCUCACGGUGGCACCUCUCGCGCUGCUCAUGUUGGACCCCGUCUUGACAGAUUCAUGGCACCAUAUGAGUGAAUGGCUCACCAGCGAGAACCACCUCACGCAGUUUGAGGCAGUGCAUGGGUCGAUGUUCUGGGAGCAUGUGGCACAUGGGCCGGGCAUGGGUACUUUGUUCGAUGAAGCUAUGCGUAGUGACUCAAGGCUCGUGGCCAGUGUACUUGUUCGGGACUACAAGCAUGUGUUUGAGGGAAUCAAGUCACUGGUUGACGUCGGGGGUGGUACUGGGACUAUGGCUAAGGCCAUCGUUGAGGCGGUUCCCAGCAUCAAAUGCAUUGUUCUCGACCUCCCACAUGUUGUGGCCGGCUUGGAAGGCACGAGCAAACUGAGCUAUGUGGGGGGAGACAUGUUCGAAGCUAUCCCUCCAGCCGAUGCUGUUCUUCUCAAGUGGAUAAUGCACGACUGGGACAGCGACAACUGUCUCAAAAUCCUAAAGAGAUGCAAAGACAUUGUGAAGAGCAACGGCAGCACGGGAGCAAAGGUGAUAAUCAUUGACGCGGUCCUGGACAUCAACAGAGAGGAUGACAAAGUUGUUAAUGAUCAACUCUACUUCGACAUGACGAUGAUGGCUUACUUCAACGGGAUAGAAAGAAGUGAGAAAGAAUGGGCAAAGCUUUUCUCUGAUGCUGGCUUCACUAGCUACAAAAUUACUCAUGCAUUUGGUGUUAGGUCUCUACUUGAGGUUUAUCCUUAGAUACAUACCGUGGGCCAUAACACCGACGGUCUAUAUAUUGUCUAUUCGCACAUAUACGUGUGGACGUAUUUCACAAUGCAUAGCAUGAUUAUAAAAACAAUGUACUAGUAUAUUUACCUUUCAA